AUGUGCAGAGUGCUUGUCAAGAUGUUCAUAAAGGCUUACCCUAACGAGAUUCUCAGAAACGAUUUUGUUGUUUCUGACCAUUACCUUUCGAAUUUCCGAGAGAGAUGCGACCUGACCACUCGUGAAGCACAUUGGCAUCGUCGGCCAAAAGACAUCGAAGAGAUGAAGACUCGUAUCAAAAGCUUUAAACAGACCAAAGCUCAACUUAUGGAACUCUUCAAGGAUGAAUUGUGGAGAAUCUGCAACGCAGAUGAAUCCUUUUACGGAUGUGGAAUCGCUCAUGGACUGACAUAUGCAAUAAAAGGCUCGGAAGGUGUUGACGUCCACAUGAAUCAUAACGAGAAGAAAGGAAUCACUAUUAUUGCCACAAUCCAGGCAGACGGCAGUAAACUUCCACUCACAUUUGUCUGCAAGGGUCUCACAGAUGCAUGCCAUAAGCAGAUUUACGACAACAGAGUCUUUUCCAAUGAGUUGAUUUUGCAUUCCGAAACAGGUUGGGCCACAAAGGAGGUAUUUCAAGAAUAUCUCAGAUGGCUUAGAAAGUAUUACAACGAUCGUUAUCGCGAGAAUCCAAGUUACAUUCAAAAUGAUAGAAUCUACUUGUUUCUUGAUACAUAUUCUAGCCACAGAAAUGCAGAA